AUGUCAAUAUCUUCCAUGCUGGGCGCGGACGCUGACCGACCAGGCCGGGAUGUAGGCUCCUCGAUUUUUGGCCGUCUGCCUGUCACGUCAGCCUCGUUUGGCAACGCGCAUCCGCCGUCGGCUCCCGGCGCGAUGUCGCCGCCGACCGCGCCCGCCCGCCCGUCUCCACUCGACUACCCUGUCUUCCGACGAUCGCAAACUCCUGAAAAGUCCUUUGCAAAGAAUCAACCCCCGCGACCGUAUCGAUCGGGCUCCGGUGGGGUACCUCAGGCGAUUCCCGAGCAGGUCAAGUUCAGUGGUCCGCCACGCGGUCAUCCAUCCACCCAGUUCCCCGACAAACCCCACUCCACACAUCCUUCUCCUCAGAUCCCCUCGGCCGAUGCUCCGUACAAUGAACCUCGCCGAACCAGCUUCAGUGGGCCGGUACCUCGUCCCAGUAGUCAGCCGCAACAUCUCGAACCACCGCCUCGCACGGCCGGCUACAGUCCGUUGUCGCGACCGAUCGCAGUGCCUACAACUACUAGUAUGGGAGAAGGAUCUUUUGUGCCUACACACCAGCGAGCCUCGUCCUACAUGGGCCACGAACUGCCGCACAGUCGUUACGGGGGACUCUAUACUGAUCGUCACGCGGAGGAACAAGCCAUCCGGGAUCGGGAGCGCGCAGUAGCACAUGAAGCCGAGUCCAAAGCUGCGGCUCAUGUCGUUCCUCGCUUUGGCCAACCUUAUGGAGACCGCGAUGCAGCCGCUCCUCGGCCCCAGGGGCCAUCCGCCUGGGAGCUUGGACGCUCGCAACCCGCGUCUCCCGAGGUCAAGCGCUUUCCCGCUCCGGAGCCGGGCGCUGGCUUUGGCUUCGGUGCCAUCCAGAACUACACCAAGUCGUUGGGGUCUCAGCUAGGCGGAUCGCGCGCCCCAUCGCUCUCCGUGCACUCGCAGUCCGGCCAGCCUACUCCCCCGUCGCAUGAGCAGACACCGUACCUGAGCAAGCUACAAACCGACACGCGCGCCUUCCCGGUCAGCUCUGCCGCUGCCUCUGCGGGUAUGAUUCUUUCCGCCGCUUCGGAUGAACAGCGCCGCAAGGGAAGCGAUGAGCUCCUGGCCCAUCGGAAUUUGCUUGGCGUCGGACUGGACGCGAAAAGAGGUGGACGAGCCUCCCCGCUGCCCCAGGCGGUCCAGGGAGCUCAGGCGCAGAUUUUGGGUCCCGCUGGGGAAUCAGGAAUCAAGAAUGAGCUGGGCCGUGUGUUCUCGGGAAUCGGAAGUGGAGUGGGCGGCGUGACGGGGGCCACGGCCGGCAGCGGACCAUCGACGCCCAUGACCUCAGCCAGCCCUUUCAAACGGGACAGUGCCACCGCCCGGUCCACCAACAGUGAAACCACAGCGGAUGAAACCAAGAUUCCCCGUCCUACCUCCGCCAACGGAAAGCGAUCUCGGAAAUCGCGCGACGAAGAUACUCGACCUGAAACCGAGGCUGGGGCAUUGGGCGCAGCCUCCCGCGGACGGCGAAAUCGGCACGUUCACCACCACCACCAUCACUUAGCCAUCAUCACCACCGGCAUAAACCCGAGGAAGAGGCGGCCGCUCUCGGCCAGAAUCGACCUCUAUCCCACCGCGGCGGCAGCGACGCUUGCUCAUCAUCACCACCACCACCCACACCACCAUCACCACCAUCAUCACGUUUCCCGACCAGCCGGAUCUGCUGUCCCCGUUUCCUCUGGCGCUCCGAUUCGGGAACCUCGCACAGUGGUAACGAUUGAACCGCUUCUGACAAGCGUCGCCCAUCUUCCUCGUCAUCACCUGGGCUCUACCCUGUACGCACCUCAAAUCGGGGUACCAACCGAAAAGGCUACCCUCGAGAGUGCCAAGUUUGGGUACACCACCACGCCUGUUCCUUUGCCCCGCUUCGAAGGAAACGAGAAUUGCACGUUCACCAUCCGCGUUCCCCGCUUCCGAAUCGAUAACGGCCGUCGCGAGGAGAUUUGUGCUCGCCGUGCGCUUUGGGGAACCGGCGUUUACACCGACGACUCCGACCCCGUGGCGGCAGCCAUUCACUCUGGCUUCAUUCGUGGCGCCUGGAGCGAGGAGGUAGAUGUGGACCUGCUUGACCUGGAGAUCCGCGACACCUAUCAACACGCGCCCCAGACCGCGCAGGACAUCGGCCUCGAAGAGGGCGAGCGACCCCGCGUGCCCCCCGUCCCCCCCUCCGACAAAGACCUGCACAUCACCAUCCUCAUCCUCCCGCGUCUAGAACGCUACGAAUCCAGCGUGCUGUUCGGCCUCCGGUCCCGUGCCUGGGAAGGCAGCCACGACGGCAUGAGCUACAAGAUCCUGCGGACGGAAUGGGUCGACGAGGGCGUCGGCCGCGGCGAAGAACGAAGCGGCGCCGCCCGCCGCAAGCGCCUGCGUACUCUGAUGCAGACGGGCCGGAUCUGCACGGGACCUGGGUUGAACGUGGCCCAUGGUUCUAGCCCAGGGGGAAGGGGGCAAGGCAGGCAUAAGGUGCCUGAUCUUUCUCCACGUCGUGUGAAAAAGGAACCUCAGCGCCAACCUUGA